AUGCGUAUACACCCCACAGCAGCAGCAGCAGCAGCAGCAGCAGCAGCAGCAGCAGCAGCAGGGACAGAAGCAGCAGCAGCAACAGGGUUUUGCCUGAGAAGCAGAACGCCCAUAGCAGCACGAGCAGCAUCAACAACACCCCUCAAGCAGCAGCAGCAGCAGCAGCAGCAGCAGGAGCAGCAGCAGCAGCAGCAGUCAACCCCGCGUAUAACCAAGACAAACGCCAGCAGCAGCAGCUGCAGCAGCAGUAGCACAAGUAGCAGCAGCAGCAGCAGCAGCAGCAGCAGCACAAGUAGUAGCAGCGGCGACAAGAAUACCUCCACAGAGCAGAACGCCCAUAGCAGCACGAUCAGCAUCAACAACACCCCUCAAGCAGCAGCAGCAGCAGCAGCAGCAGCAGCAGCAGCAGCAGCAGCAGCAGUCAACCCCCCGUAUAACCAAGACAAACACCAGCAGCAGCAGUUGCAGCAGCAGUACAACAAGCAGCAGCAGCAGCAGCAGCAGCAGCAGCACAAACAGCAGAAGCAGCAGCUGCAGCAACACACAGCUCACAGCAGCAGCAGCAGCAGCAGCAUACAAGCAGCAGCAGCAGCAGCAGCAGCUGGUGCAGCAGCAGCAGCAGCAGCAGCAGCAGCAGCAGCAGGAAUACCGCUGUUUCGCGUCAUAAUGAGUCGGUUCUUUUUGUCACUGGAAGCUUUCAAUGGCACAGCAGAAGAGGAGACGUCGACCCUCGAUCGUCUCAGGCGCUUCGCCAGCAGUAAACUGGCGUCGCAGCGUGUGUUAGCUGCGGGUUUGUUGGUGGAGGUUUUAGCUGAGGGUGCAGCAGCAGCAGCAGACUUUGACUUGCUGCUGCUGCUGCAGCAGAUAGCGCGUUUCUCCCCUCCACAGCAGCAGCAGCAGCAGCAGCAGCAGCAGCAGCAGCAACAAGUACAGCAGGGAGACAGCAGCAAAGGCAGCAAGUUCAACAGCAGCAGCAGCAGCAGCAGCAGCAGCAGCAGCAGCAGCAGCAGCAGGAAAGGGUUUCUAGGCAACUUCUUCUCAGGCAAGGCCUUCUCUCGUAUUAUAUGGGGGCCCCCCGAGGGGGGCCCCCAAGGGGACUGGGGGGCCCCCAGCGACGAGAGGGGCCCCCGGGGGGCCCUCUGCGCGCGCGGCGGAGAUAUUGCUGCUUGCAUCAUUCAAGCGGAUCCAGACAACGGGUACAGUCGAGUGUGCCGAGAGUUGCUGCCUUUUUUUGAGGGUUUACUGCAUGCAGCAGCAGACAUACAGACGAUGAAAGCAGCAGCAGAUGCUAUUCUCCUCAUUGGAACGCAUCUCAGGUAA